AUGGCUCCCAUCCUCAACUUCCACGCUGGCUCGCUGCCCAGCUUCGCGUUGCGACUCAAGUCCGACGACUCGCUCGAGAGCCUCAAGUCUCGCGCUGCCAAGAAGAUCCGCUUGCAGCUCGACGAUGGCAUCCCACUCGUGAUCAAGUACGGCUGGUCGGGUCAAUCCUAUGCCCUCGAGGACUCUGACGACUGGGAGAUCUUCCUCGAGCGAUUCGGCAACGCCAAGGAGGCUGACCUCUUCCUCGAGUCGCCAGAGAUCCCCACCAACAAUGCCGACGAGCAUUCGGCCGAUGGCGCCCACGACGGACCCAACGUGCCUGUCGUCGACGAGUCCACGCUUGUGCACCGAACGCCCGGACGCGGCAAGAGUGGCGGCGUGAGCAUCCACCGCGUCGCAGCGCCCUACAUCCCCUCGGCCGACGACUACAGCGAGGCAGGCGGAGUGACUGCUGGUGGCCGCGACUCGAUCAUGUACCCUCCGCCCCGCGAGCCCCAGCCCGCGCCCGGCUACAGCAAGCCGAGCGUUCCGGAGCCGCCGGCGGCCAAGGCGACGCACGACGACGCCGUGUCGACGCACACGUCCAAGACGCGCAAGACGAACCAGACCGUGUCGUCGGUGCCUUCGCACAAGAUCGCCUUCCAGGAGUUCCACUCGCAGCUCGGCGUGCGUCUGCUCAAGGGCAGCAUCGGCCCGAUCCAGGACGUGCCGAUGAUGCUCAAGUCGGGCUACCGCCACGUGUACGUCAGCCGCAGCUUUGCGCUCAACCACGGCUUCAUCCCCAAGGACACCACGCCCGGCACGUACGGCUUCAACGGCAUCACCAACCUCGGCAAGUGGCCCGUCCAGGUGGGCUCCAAGGCGGUGCCGUGCACCGUGAUGCUCGCCGAGGACAGCUACUUCCCCGUGAUCCUCGGCCGCAGCUUCAUGGAGAAGCGCGGCGUGCGCACCGACCCCAUCGACAUGACCUCGGUCACCUUCAUGGACAACGGUGAGCGCGCCGACGUCGAGGUGGUCGUCGUCCGCGACGAGCACGGAGAGCCCGUGCCCAUUCCUUAG